AUGGAUAGUAGUGGCGCCAGCUCGAGCAGGCAAAUCGACGAUGAUAUGGAGGUUGAGGAGCGAAGACAAGCGCCAGAGACACCCAAAAAGAAGAGAAAUGAGAAUGAGCCACCAGAGGACUCGGACGACGAGGAGCAACGUGCCGAGCAGAACGGGACACGGAAUUUUCCGGCGAUUUUGUGGUCGAAACUCAAAAAUCCGCCAAAGGAUCGGCCGACGAUCGAUGUGUGGGAGUUUAAGAUGGACGGCGAAUACUUGACAAUGACGUUCACAGUGGAUGGAGAGAAGUAUCCAAUGUAUUUCACCCCGCGAAGCCCAGUCGAUUUCGAGAUGCGUCGAAACUACUGGAUCGCCCGCCACAAUCCGCUGUGGAAAUCGUUGCGAUCGCGGAUUUAUUCGAUUCCGAAGAGCACGACGAUCAAUCGACUCGUUUUUCAUAAUACCCCGGAAUGCGAAGCGGAAGACUGUCUCAUCGAGUUUCAAUUCAUCAAAAAGUGGAGUUGUAAACAGCUGGAAUACACGAUAUGCCAGGAAUGGAACCAUCCCCAGCACCUUCGCCGCCUAAUGUUCAUGUUCAAACCAUCGGAAAUGUCGAUUCACCUGGCAUUUGGACCGUACGCCCAUCCGAAUCCACAACCAGAAGGCGCUGUCUGGCAUAAUCACCUCGCGGCGUGCGCUGAUAAUUUGCUGGAAUUGGAGAGGGAUUUCCGGAAGGACUGUGAGAACGCGUUGAAUGCCAAAAAUCUUUAUUUCUUCCAGGAAUGGUACAAUAAUCAACGGCAAUUCGAUGAGAUUCAGCUGCAUGUGGACAAAGUGAUCGAGACGAAUUUUGUGGAUCAUUUGGGCGCCGAUCACUCGGACCCGAAGCGGUUAAAGUUCGGCGGACGCACAUCGUCAACAACCGUCGUCAUGUGCUGCACGUGGAAAAGGACCGUCUGGCGACGCGACAUCUGUCGCUUCGCGUCUAUGAGCAACCCAAAUAGAUUAGGAUUGCUCAGCUUAUUUUUUUUAUAUUUUUCCAUUAUUUAUUUUACAAAUUUCUCAAUUUUUCAUGUAAAACUCCCCAUAUUUUUGCGAUAUUUUCAGAUGUUUUCACCCCCAAAAGUAACAAAAAUUACUCAGAAAUUCAAAUUUUCAUCAUUCGCACUUUUCGAGACAUCGGCGGCGAUAACGAUGGUCCGGAUAGCGACGAUUCGGGCGCCGAUGCCGAGCGUGGCGAGCCGCAGGAGUUUUAUGCGGGAAGGUGGGGGAAAUUCGGGAUUUUCAAGCGGCCAAGCCGUCCAGGGGCCCCGUGGACCGCGCAACAACGAGGAUCACAUCCGUCGUAUCCUUCAAGCCGCCCAGGUUGAGAAUCCAGAAGAAUUGGCUGCAGCGGUUGGAGGUGGUCGUGGUGGACGAGAUAAUAAGGAUAAAGUGACACUGACACUCCAUUUGUGGACCGACGGCCUAUCUAUCGAAGAUGGCCCGCUGAUGGCUCGUAACGACCCGGCGACCAUUGAAUUCUUGGAAAUCGUUGGCAGAGGCCUAAACUCCUUCCCCAUUUUCAGCGGAAUCCCACCAUCGCUCCAUCAGCAAUACCAAGGCAAAGACAUCGAUUUCAACAUCGAUCGCCGCCACGAAGCCUAUCAACCGCCCAAAAUGAAGCCAUUCGGAGGCAGUGGCGUCCGUCUGGGCAACGUCGUGCCUACUGUAAUCGGUGUCGACGUCUCCACGGCGUCAUCGUCUGCCGCUGGAGCCGCAACGAUGCCUUCUGGACCAACGUCGGCUGAAGAAGAGGCCAAGCAGCUGGAGGACGCCAAGAAGGAGCUCAAGACCGAUAUGGGGCAGCCGACCACUAAUGUAAGACCUAAAAAUCAGCUGAAAAUCUGUUUUAAACUAAUCCAAAUCCGUCUUCCCAGUGGCCAACGCAUCGUCGCCGUCUUCAAUCACACCCAUACGCUGGAGGCGGUUCGUUGCUUCAUUUGCACCGCCCGUCCCGACAUCAUCUACUCUCCAUUCGAACUGAUGUCCGCCUAUCCACCGAAAGUUCUCAUCGACGAGACGCAGACACUGAAAGAGGCCAAUCUGCUGAAUUCGGUGAUCGCUGUGAAGAUAUCGCCGCCAAAUUAA